AUGAGUUCAUUCAUUGAAGCUUCCAAUACUUCUGACUCAAAGAUUUUAAUAACAUCACCUAAGUUCUCAACAAAAGCUAAAAGACAAGAUUUUUGGAAUCUGCUGGUACAGUUAUACGAUGCUAAGUCAGAAGAGAAAGAUGAAGUUGGCCUAUUCUUAAUGUCUUUGAAUGGUAUCGAGCUUACGGUUUUUAAUGAUCCCGUUGACAUUUCUACCAAUGUUCCAUUUAAUGAAUCAAAGGCUUUCAUGGCUCAUGACUAUGAAAAGCUUUAUGAGAGUCAAAUGGGUUCUGAUGUUGAGUUGAUAGUACAAGAAAAAAAAUUUCAAGCUCACAAAUUUGUUUUGAUGGUACGCAGUCCUGUGUUUCAAGCGAUGCUGACCACCGAUAUGAGGGAAAACAGGGAAAAAACGAUCACCAUAAAGAAUAUGGACUCUGAAGUAUUCAAGAGCAUGCUAGAAUUUCUUUACACUGAUAAAGUCAAUGAUUUAGAUAACGUUGCGGAACAAUUGCUCGAAGCCGCAGAUAAAUAUCAAAUUCAUACGCUCAAAGAAAUAUGUGCAGAAUCACUUUGUACGUCUGUGACCAUCGAUAAUGCCUCCAGAUUACUCGCUCUAGCUUAUCUGCACAAUGCAAAAGAAAUGUUGGAGUAUAUUUCAAAUUUUAUUGUAAUUAAUGCAAGUCAUGUGGUAAAAACAGAAGAGUACAAGAUGAUGAAAGAAUUGCAUCCGUGCCUAGUACCUAUUUUAUUUGAUAAACUUGCCGCUUCUUUUGAAAACAAAUAA